UUUUGCUUUAACUCCCAGGUUGUAACAAUAUAAAUGGUAGGACAUACAUUAUAAGUCAUCGUAUCAAGUCAAGAGAAAUAGUUUCUCUCUCGCUACUUACUUUAUAAAAGCAAAAGAGUCUCUCUCUGGGAUCAUCGUAGUACUGAACAAGUGCGAAGAAAAAAACAUACAUUUUUGUGUGUGUUUGAGUGAAGAAGGAAAAAGUAUAAAGAGAAGCAGACGAGGAUCUCGCUACUCUGUCUGUUUGUUUGUUAACUCUAGGGAUUUAGUGAAGCCUUUCAAUCAAUUAGGCGGCUUUCCUCGGGGGACUUGUUGUCUCAUUCAAGGAACAAAUGCACACUGAUGUUCUCGUUCAUCCUGGUGAUCAAUCUCCCCCCAUCCCUACCCACAAGGCCAUCCUCUCGGCAAGAUCUAAGGUCUUCAGGAACAUGCUAGACUCCGAUGAAUGCAAGGCCUCUGCCGAGGAAUCGAUCACUCUCCCCGACUUGAACCACGACGAGCUCCAUUCUCUUCUCGAGUUCCUCUACUCCGGCAACUUAAUUGCUCCUUACAAUCAUUACCGAGCCCUCUAUCUGGCUGCUGACAAGUACGACAUCGCUUAUCUCCAAGACGUUUGCCGCGACCAUUUCAUUGCAUCUCUCACCUCUAGGAACGUCCUUGACAUCCUGGAGCUCGCCAGCAUCCCUUCUGACACCAUCUUGAAAGCCGCUGCCAUCAACCUUGUGGUUAAGCAUAUGGAAGAUGUGGUUGUUCCCAUGAAAUACGAGACUUUUGUGCAGAGGAACCCCAAUCUUGGCGUUGAGAUCACCAGAGCUUUUCUAAGAGAGAUCAAAGCUCAAUCCAAAGACAGCAGAUCUGCUUCUUGUAAUCAUCGCCCUCACUCUCGCAUCUACUGAUUGAUGAACAAUAAACAGCAGCUUGCCUAAUGCCUCGCUUGCCAAAGGUGAUGAUGAAUGAUGAUGCCUUCUUACUUUGUUUUAUGGAUUUAUUUCAAGGUGUUGGUUGAUACAUAUACAAUAUCUACUAGUAUUGUGAAUUUAACUAAAAUCUGUUUUAUAUAUCUUGCAUUGAUUAAGAUACAAUUGUUAAA